CUUAUCUAUAACAUGAGUGAUAAUAGAGUUAAAAGACAAUUAUCAAUAGAGCAUGUAGAAACUGAAGAAAAAACGAAUGAAACCAAUAUAAUAAAAGAAAUUGAAGACGAAGUAGAACUCAUAAAAGAAGAUUUGCCUAUUGAUAAAUUUGAUAAGCAAUCUGUUGAAGAUGAAGAAGAUAUUGAUAUACAAGUAGUGAAUGAAUUAGCAACCAUGAAAGAUGAUACAUCUUUACCUUGUUUUACUUUACGAGUAUUUGUGACAGGAAUUGCUUUAGCUUGUCUUAGUUCAUCUGUACAUCAAUUAAUGGUAUUUAAGCCGGUGGGGAUACCACUGACAAAUACAUUUAUGCUUAUGAUUGCCUAUGUCUUUUGUACAGCUUGGGCAAAGUAUUUACCUUUGAGUAGUAACUGGCUAAAUCCAGGACCAUUCAAUAUAAAGGAACAUACAUGUAUAUAUGUAAUUGUAUCUGCUGCAAACACUUCAGCUUAUGCAACCUAUAUUUUGUCAGCACAAAAUCUUUAUUAUCAUCAUACGCCUGGCGCAGCAGGAUCGAUUUUAUUAUUGUUAGCAACACAGAUGGUAGGCUAUGGUAUCGCUGGUCAAUUAAGGUAUUUUCUUGUUUACCCUUCAAACAUGAUCUGGCCUACUUCGUUACCUACUGUUUCGUUACUAAGAACCUUAAAUACCACAAACUCAUUCCGACAGACACGCAUUUUCUUUAUCGUCUUUGCUGCCACAUUUGUAUAUGAAUUUAUUCCACAAUAUAUCAUGCCCUUCUUAGGAGGCAUCUCAAUCCUAUGUAUCAUCAAGACCAAUUCAGUCUGGAUUCAACGUCUCUUUGGUGGCUUAUCUGUGAAUGAAGGUUUAGGAAUCCUUCAAUUAAGCUUUGAUUGGAAUUAUCUUUCAAGUCCAAGUCCACUCGUCUUACCACUUUGGGUUCAAUUAAAUAUUUAUACAGGAAUUCUAUUACUUUGGAUCUUGGCACCCACUCUUUAUUAUUUCAAUAUCUGGAAUGCACAAAGCUUCCCAUUUCUGUCUAAUUCGAUAUUUCAAUUAUUACCAAAUGGGACCUCAGUCGUCUACCCCCAACAGUAUGUACUGGGCGAUACGAAUGAUGCAUUAAAUCAAACAGCCUUAUUAGAGAUCGGGAAACCCCAUUUUUCCACCAUUGUCGCUGUUCAAUAUAUCUUUGUUAAUUUUGCGAUAACGGCUUCUAUUAUGCAUAUUGCAUUAUUUUAUGGGAAAGAUAUUUGGCAGGGCUUCAGAUCAAGUCUUCAAAGUUUUUUUAAACAUUCAAAAGAUCAGCAUUACAAAGAAGACCCACAUAUGCAAAUGAUGGCCUUUUAUCCAGAGGUUCCAGCUAGUUGGUAUUAUUUAAUUUAUGUUGGAGGUAUUGGAUUAAAUAUAGUUGUGUCAUACAUGAAUUCAAGUCAAUUACCAUGGUGGGGUGUUAUUCUGGCCAUCACCAUGUCCACAGUAUUAUCACUUCCUUUAAAUAUGAUUACAGCAAUAACAGGAUCUGGAUUUGGAUUAAAUGUUUUCGCUGAAAUGAUAUGUGGAUUUAUUCUUCCUGGAUUACCAGUGGCCAACAUGUAUUUCAAGACAUUAGGAUUUAAUACAUUAAGUCAAGCAGGAACAAUGGCAAGUGAUUUAAAGAUUGGACAUUAUUUGAAAGUACCACCCAGACUUAUUUUUAUGAAUCAAAUGCUUGGUACAUGUAUUGGAUGUAUAUUUAAUUAUAUUGUUAAUCAUAGUAUUGUUAAUUCACAAAGAGAUGUUUUACUCAAUCCAACAGGGAAUAAUAUCUGGAAUGGUGCUACUCCACAGACAAUUAAUUCUGCUGCUAUUACAUGGGGCGCAAUAGGGCCUAUGAAUAUGUUUGGACCAGAUUCAAACUAUUAUAUCAUUUUAUGGGCUUUUCUUAUUGGUUUCUUUUUACCUGUACCUUGUUGGAUACUACAUCGCUAUUAUCCUAAAAUUAAAUUUUUUAAAUAUGUUAAUAUUCCGAUGAUUUUAGUCGGUUUAACUAUUGUUCCAGGUACAGCAACGAGCUGGAUUACGAUUUCAUUUAUAAUUGUCCUUGUAUCACAAUAUUAUAUCAAAAGACGUCAUAGACAAUGGUUUAUAAAAUAUAACUAUUUAAUAUCAACUGCAUUAGAUUCAGGUACAUCUUUAAUGGUCUUUAUCAUUGCCAUGUCGUUGUAUGGUGGUGUUAGUGGCAAGUCGUAUCCUUUUCCUUCUUGGUGGGGGAAUAGAACAGAUUUAAAAUACAUUGAUUACUGUUGUGCGGCUUGUACAUAGUCUUUAUAUAUAUAUUUAUAUAUUAUUUACAAUAAGCCAUUCUACUCAUAUUAUAUUUAAAAUGCAGCAUCAUAGACAGAAAGACAAGAUAUUGGAUCCUUAUAAUCUAAGCUUAUAUUUGGAUCACAAGAGCAUUUAUCGCGAUAUUCUGGUUCACUAGGACAAUGAGUAUAAGCAGA